UUUUGGUGUGCAGGCACACUUUGAACUUGUUUUGUUCUGAAGGUUCUCACCCUCCUUCUGAGGCCCUGUACCCACUCGCGGCGCGCCCUGUGAAUGUACCCAGCAAGGUGUGGUUCAUGACAUGCAUGACAGUGGAGCCUAGUCGAGAUAAGAGGCUGAAGUAAGGAAACCUCCUCACGUUGGUGCGGCCCGGCACGCUAUACGAGGUGUUUCAAGUUGUUUGAAAUUUCGUCGCUAAAAAUGCCUAUAAGAACCAUCGAGAACCUGACACGCUCUUCCUUCCACUCAUCUUCGUCUCCGGCUGGACCGGCGAUAAUUGUUCAAUUUUUACUACCUGCCACACACACAACUUCCCUCUGGUUUCCUUAUGCGUUUCUUAACCACGCUCCUUCCCUUAAUCACCCUCGCCGUGCAUGUUGCUGCGACUAAUCCCGAACAAGGUUCGAUUCCGCUCACAAUGAUCCAUCCCGGAGCCGUUCAUCUACCUGACCCUCCUCCAACUUACAACGAGGCUACGAGACCUAAUGCUAUCAUCCCUGCUGCACACUACAGCUCGGCACAGGACGGCACGGAACAACCGCCAUUGUCAGGUAUAUCUCCCCGUUGUCAUCAGCAGGCAAUACAACGUGGACUGGAACUGGGUAGACAAGAGUUAGGACCAAAUCAUCGGGACGUAUCAAAUUUGCGGGCAGUGAUGGAACGAGUCACUUCUGUAGAGGAUGCAUUGAAGCGACAUCCUCAAACACUGAUAACGUGUUUUGCUUUCACAGUCGCAGGCGGAUUAGCUAUGGUGAUGAUCUAUCUGACAAACUGUGGCGGAAAGGGUGAUUGGACCUGUAACCCUUUCAGUAAACGGAAUGGUCUUGGGAGUAAUCCGCAGUGCAAGCAUUUGGAUAUAGAAGUUUGUCGUAAUCCAUCACCGACGGUGAGUUACUGUUCGUGAUUAAAUUUGUCGUUUACUCGCUCAAUAUUUGUUUUUUCUUUGACCUAGAACACA